UCUCUCUCUCUCUCUCUCUCUCUCUCUCUCUCAUAGCAAAAGUGCAAAACUUACCCAUAUCUCACAAACUUUCCGUCCACCGUUAAAUUACUGCGGUCCCAACCCCAUACACAAUCACUCGAUCUCUAUAAGUACAUGAAGUAGCCGCACACUCCGUAUAGUGAUUAGAUUAGAUUAGAAAGGUGAAUUCGCAGAAAAAGAAACGAGAAUGGUGAUGGGUCGGCAAGAAACGAUUUUGGUGACUGGUGGGGCUGGGUUCAUAGGUACCCACACCGUGGUUCAGCUUCUUGAUGAAGGCUUCAUAGUUUGGAUCAUUGAUAAUCUUCACAACGCUGUAGAAGAAGCUGUUCAAAGGGUCAGAGAGUUGGUUGGACCCCAGCUCUCCCAGAAUCUUCAUUUCUGUUUGGGUGAUAUCAGAAACAAGGAUGAUUUGGAGAAGUUGUUUUCUCAGACAAAGUUUGAUGCUGUUGUCCAUUUUGCUGGGCUUAAAGCUGUUGGAGAGAGUGUUGCUCAUCCAUUUCGUUAUUUCGAUAACAACCUAAUUGGAUCAAUAACCUUAUAUUCAGUAAUGGAAAAGUAUAAUUGUAAGAAGUUGGUUUUCUCGUCUUCAGCAACAGUCUACGGUCAGCCUGAGAAGAUUCCAUGUGUAGAGGAUUUUCAAUUGAAGGCUAUGAACCCUUAUGGUCGUACCAAGCUGGUUCUUGAAGAGAUUGCUCGGGAUAUUCAAAAGGCGGAUCCUGAAUGGAGAAUAAUUUUGCUGAGAUAUUUCAAUCCUGUUGGUGCUCAUCCGAGCGGAAAACUUGGGGAAGAUCCAAUAGGCAUUCCCAACAAUCUCAUGCCUUACAUCCAACAAGUAGCUGUUGGGCGAUUGCCGGAGUUAAAUGUUUAUGGUUACGAUUAUCCCACCCCUGAUGGCACUGCAAUACGAGACUAUAUCCAUGUUAUGGAUUUAGCAGAUGGCCAUGUUGUUGCGCUUCAUAAACUUCUCAAACAAGAUAAUAUAGGUUGUGUUGCCUACAACUUGGGAACUGGUGAGGGAACAUCUGUCCUGGAAAUGGUAGCUGCCUUUGAAAAAGCUUCUGGGAAGAAAAUUCCGAUCAAACUAUGCCCGAGAAGAGCAGGGGAUGCAACAGCCGUCUAUGCAUCAACCCAGAAGGCUGAGAAAGAGCUUGGUUGGAAGGCGAAGAAUGGCAUAGAUGAGAUGUGCAGAGACCAGUGGAAAUGGGGAUCUCAGAACCCCUGGGGAUACCAGUCUCAACCUUGAAGCUUGAAGCUUGAAGGGCUGCCUAUACUAUACUAAAACUAGUAAUAACAUCUGUCUUAGAAAGAAACAUAUGCCGUGUGUUUGUAUGUCUGCAAGCAAGCAAGCAAGCUGUAAUUUGUUGUCAUCUCCUUUAUAUUUAUUUGCAACUCUUCUAAUUAGACUUAUUUUCAUACAACAACAAAAUCAUCAAACUCAAAUUCAUUCUCAGUUUUCUCAA